GGCCACUUGUUUUCAGUUUUGGUCAUCUUUCUUUCUUUCUUUCUUUCCACACGCACACAAGAAAUCCCAAGAAAGUCCCAGAAACAAAAACUCAUCUUACCUCUCAAUUUCCAUCUAUCUUUCCAUUUUCCCAAGAAAAGAAAACAAAUUAAACUGAUCAAAGAAGAGCAGCAGAGCAGUUGAUUGAUUUUGUAUGUGAGAAAAGAGAGAGUUUGGGAAUUAGAGGAGCAAAUAUGGGAGCUGCAGAAUUAGCUCAAGUGGUUGUCCCAAAGACUACUCAGACCAUCCCUUUCCCUGCCUUGGAUUUGGAUGUGCCCUCUUCUCAACUUGAUGUUAAACCUCCAGAAACCCCUGUGCUGCAAUUUGUUCCCAGCAUUCGUUCUGGUAGUUUUGCUGAUAUUGGUCCCCGAAGGUACAUGGAAGAUGAGCACAUAAGGAUUGAUGAUCUAUCUGCACACUUAGGCUCGCUCAUCACUUUUCCUCAACCAAGUGCCUUCUAUGGGGUAUUUGAUGGUCAUGGAGGACCUGAAGCAGCAGCCUAUGUUAGAAAGAAUGCUAUCAGAUUCUUUUUUGAAGAUCCCAAGUUCCCACAAACUUCUCAACUUAAUGAUGCAUUUCUACUAGAGGUUGAGAACUGUCUACGCAAAGGAUUUCUUCUAGCAGACAUGGCUUUGGCUGAGGACAGCAGUGUCAGCACUUCUUCUGGAACUACUGCUUUGACAGCUCUGGUCAUCGGAAGGCUUCUAAUGGUGGCAAAUGCCGGAGACUGCAGAGCAGUUCUCUGCCGGAAAGGCAAGGCCAUCGACAUGUCUCAAGAUCACAGACCGAAUUAUGCAUCGGAGAGGAGGCGUGUUGAGGAGUUGGGUGGGUUCAUCGAUGAUGGUUAUCUCAAUGGUGUUCUCUCAGUUACUCGGGCUCUAGGAGACUGGGAUAUGAAGCUACCCCGGGGUUCUUCCUCGCCCCUUAUUGCAGAGCCAGAAUUUCGACAAAUUAUUUUGACAGAGGAUGACGAAUUCCUCAUAAUUGGAUGUGAUGGCAUCUGGGACGUUAUGUCUAGCCAGCAAGCAGUUAGUCUUGUGCGUCGUGGACUGAGACGGCAUGAUGACCCUGAGCAAAGCGCCAAGGACCUUGUGAUGGAGGCGCUCCGGCUCAACACUUUUGACAAUCUCACGGUCAUCAUUGUUUGUUUCAAUUCCCUGGAUCCCAUCGAGACAUCUUCAACACGACAAAAAAGACUCAGGUGUUGCAGCCUAUCUGCAGAGGCUUUGAGCAGCUUGCGGAGUUUCUUGGACGGAAGCAGCGGCCGCUGAUUGUAUUUUAAUCUUUUUCUCCACAUUGCCCAUUUAUUUGAGGGAAGGAGGCUGUUUGUGACUGCUUAAUCCGGUUGAGCAGUACAAGCAACUGUUAGCAGUUUUCUUUAGAAACUCUACCGUGUCAUGUUUAUCACUAAUUGUACUGUGGCGUGGCGGAAUCUGAGACUGAGAGUGGAUGUACAUAACAAUUGGUUGGUAGGUAGGAUGGGGGUGUAAAGAUAGUGCCAAUGGUGAAGGUUGAUGAUGACUUUAACAACCUUCAUCUUGGAAUUGUAGUCUAUUGGUGUUGGCAUAUGAUGAUCCUUCAGCGUAAAUAAAAUCAUAUUCAGUUAUUUCUCGA